CUUAGCUUAUUGCAUUUCUCUUUUCGGCUGUCAUUUGUAUACACAAAAAAUGGCCUAGGCUAUGUGAAGUGCUAUCUAAAUUGAUAAAUAUCCAAAAAGAUAACAAAAAUUAUUAGUAUUUUAUUUAGAGAAUCCCUUUCGGCUUAGUAAAUUUGCAGCUGACGUGGACGACGAAGUGAAGAAAUGGCACGCCAACGGAAAGCCGGAGGAAACUCCAAUUCGGCUACAACCCCGACAACAACUAGCAGUAGUACACACAGCUCUCAACAACAAACCCCACUACCAAAGAAGCCAUCGAAACCAGCUCAGAAUCCUGGCAGAAGCAGAACCACAGAUUCGGGUCUUUUCAUAUUGAGCAAAUGGAAGACCAUCAUUGGUUGUGUUUGCUUGGCAAUUGCGUCAUACUUUGGAUACCUGGGAUAUCUAGAGACUAGAGUCAAUACUCCCUAUGACAGUGAUAAAAUGGUCCAACGGACCGGCCUGGACGACCCCGAUAGGUAUUGGGGCUCGUAUCGACCCGGCAACUACUUUGGAUUGAAGACACGAGAUCCCCACUCGCUGGUGAUGGGACUGAUGUGGUAUUCACCACAGAAUCUGGGUCAUGGUGGUAAAGGCAUUCGCCACUGGUGUGAAAUCAGCGACAACCUUGACACGUACGGAUGGACGCAUCACGAUGGAAGGACUUUUGGCAUGCAGGAAAUCCAUGAUCUUCCUUUUGAGUUGAAGACUUCGUUUGUCAAGUACCCUGGUAAGCAGUUCGGUGGAGAUUGGACAUCCAGGAUCAGUGUACGUAACUACACCAAUGCCUGGAAUAGCCAGAUAUCUCUUAUCUGGUAUGUUGCUCUCGAUGAACGCACCAACGGCCACAUCAAGUAUGUUCCCGACGAGCGGUCGUCUGAGCCCGGAAUCUAUGGAGAAACAUCGGGACUUGGAGAAUUCCAAGUAAAAAUCAAACCAGUCAAAGGCAAACUGCUCCACAAAUCGCAUUUGAGUUCAGCCGCUCAUUCUCUGAAAGACCUAAAAGAAAUUAUUUUCGCCCAUUUCAGGGAAGUAACCACAAAGUCAGGAAGAAGAUUCAUAUCUUUGCCUGGAGAAAUGAUCUCAUCAACCAGCCAUGUAGCUGAUCCGAACUUUAUCGCAGUUCAACUGACUGGCGAAUUGGACUUCGCUAUAGACAUCACCUAUCAGUCGACCUCGGGCUUUUCAGUUGGCGAAGAUAUUCCUAAGCCGCCAGUUGGACGAGAGUACACAAAAACACUCGAAGAGAAGAUCGAAGGUUUUAACGAAAAAUUCGAAGAAGUAUUUCACCUACGUGAGAAGGGCUACUCAGCUGAGGAGGUGAAGUUUGCCAAAUAUGCCGUAAGCAAUAUGAUUGGAAGCAUUGGAUACUUCUAUGGAUCGUCUAAGGUGCAGAGCGUGUACACCAAGAACCCAGUGCCGUACUGGAAAGCUCCUUUGUAUACUGCCGUUCCCUCGAGAUCGUUCUUCCCACGAGGAUUCCUUUGGGAUGAAGGCUUCCAUGGACUGUUGAUUUCUUCAUGGGAUUUGGAUAUCUCACUCGAUAUUAUCUGCCAUUGGUUUGAUUUGUUAAACGUUGAGGGAUGGAUUCCCCGAGAACAGAUUCUUGGUGUCGAAGCUCUGGCUAAGGUUCCGGCAGAAUUUGUUAUCCAAAGGAACACAAAUGCAAAUCCACCGACAUUCUUUCUGACGCUGAAAAAAAUUCUUACCCAGCACAGGAAGGAGCUUUCUGUGAAAGGUCGUUUUGCAACUCUGGAGAGGUUAUACCCUCGACUUCAGACAUGGUUCGCUUGGUUUAACAACACUCAAAAGGGUGAUGUGCUGGGAGCAUACCAAUGGCGAGGUCGGGAUGCCCAAAGCGAACGAGAAUUGAACCCUAAAACACUAACUUCUGGACUGGAUGACUUUCCUAGGGCGUCACAUCCAACAUCCCAGGAGCGCCAUGUCGAUCUUCGUUGCUGGAUUGCGUUUGCGGCCAGCGUCAUGGCAGAGCUUUCUACAUUGCUUGGCAAGAACGAUGCCAAGUACUACGAGACAUCCUCCUUCUUGUCGGACAAUAAGCUGCUCAAUGACCUCCAUUUGAGUCCCUUCACAGAAACCUAUGCGGAUUAUGGUCUGCAUACGGAUUCGGUUAUGCUCAAGCGACCCCAAAUCACCCAGCGCAAUGCCGCCAAGUAUCAGCAGCAGCAGCUGGAGAUGGUUAGGGUAACUCUUAAGCAACCCGAUCUCCGGUUCGUAGAUUCCACUUUUGGCUAUGCGAAUCUGUUCCCAUUCCUCUUGGAGAUCAUCGAUCACGACUCGCCGUACCUCAAUAAGAUCCUAAAAGACAUCCACAAUCCCAACAUACUUUGGACUAAGUUCGGGCUGCGUUCCCUGUCAAAAACUUCACCACUCUACAUGAAACGCAAUACCGAACACGACCCGCCAUAUUGGCGAGGUCCAAUUUGGAUAAACAUUAACUACUUGGCCUUGAAGGCUUUGCGGCACUACGGGCGCAUCGAAGGACCCUAUGCCGCCGAUGCAAGAACCAUUUACAAUGAACUUCGACAGAAUGUGAUCGGUAAUAUAUUCAGAGAAUACCAAAGAAGCGGUUAUAUUUGGGAACAAUAUGACGAUCAGACUGGCAGAGGCAAGGGAUGCUCUCCAUUCACGGGAUGGAGCUCAUUGGUUGUACUUAUCAUGUCCGAACAGUACUGAGGAUUUUUAAUUGAUUUUAAAAAUAGAAAUUGCCAUUUGCAAAUCUUUAACUUAA